CAGCCAACUCUGAGGCUCGAAGUUCCUUGUUGUGUCAAGGUCAUAUUUAAGUGUCGAUGGGCAACGAAUUAUUUAGAAUGCUUUAAAGCAUCUACAUCUUCAUCAUGUUAAGAAUAUAUAAUUGGUUGACAAGAUGCAGUUUAUCGCCAUAUCACUUCGCAUUGAGAUUUUACUCUAAAAAUCAGUGGCUUUUUAAUGAAUGUGAUCUGUCUGAAAUGUAUGUACUUGGAAGUGGUCCAGGUGGUCAGUCAAUUAACACGACUGCCAAUUGUGUGGUCUUAAAACACAUUCCCACAGGUAUCAUGGUGAAGUGUCAGGAUAGUAGAGAGCUGGAGAGAAAUCGUGAAUUAGCGCGUCAAAGAUUAAAUGAUAAAUUAGAUGUACACUUUAAUGGGGAAAAUAGCCGAAUUCAACAACUUCGUCAUCGAGAAAAGUCGAAAGAACAUCAACUUUAUCUACGGUCUAAAAGACGUCUUGCUGCAAAACAAGCGUUUAAAAGUACUGUAGGUUUGAAAAAAAACAGUUUGUUGAUUCAGAAUGAUGUGAAUAUCGGUUUAAAAGAUGACACCUAGUUAUGUGAAUGACUAGGUAGAGUUAUCACUUAUCCUAAUAAUAUCUCGCUAUGUUGAUGUCCUUUUGCAAUAUGAACUGAUGCACAUAUUUGUCAGGUUUUAUGUUGCUUAUGACUGAAUGUAGAUUUUCACCUGUUAUAUUUAUGUGGUUACCUUACCUUUUGUACAGUGUUGUAAAAGUUAGAACACACUAAAGACUUUUGCUUUCUAUUGUUGUCAUUAAUCAAUAUCGUUUGUCUGGAAGAACCCUACUUCAAUUUGUAUCACGUAAUUAAAUUAUCUCAGUAGUAAUUAUUUGUUGAAUAAUAUACAAAUAGUAAAAGUACUGUUAAAUUUUUUAGGUCACAAUUUUUAUUUCUUUAGUCACUUUUUGAAUGGAUAAAACCAUCUAUUUAAGCAAUACGACUUUCAAAAUCAAGUACACGUAAUCGCAUUACUAUCAUUAUAACAAUAUUUUCACUUUUUUUAAAACACUCAGAACCAAUC